AUGCUCCGCCCCCUGCUCCUCCUGUCUGCUCUCAUUGGGCUGCUGCCUGGUGCUGAGCAGCAGUUUGUUGGUUCUGCAACGUUCAGCUUCUCCUCUUGUCCCAUCUCAUAUUAUGGAGAGCAGUACACAACGCUGUAUGUUUCUCUGAAAAUAAGCAGCCUUGGCUCACAAGCAGCUGUGAAACUAGAAACAGAAGACCCGGGUCCACAUGAGUUUGAAUUUGUGGCCAACGGUGAUUCUGUAGGUUCAGUGAAUUUGACAAACGCAAACCCGAUCUACAAAGACAUCAGCGCAUGCAGACAGUCAGGUGUUGUGUAUUACUAUGAUGAUGAGAUCAGUUCUCACCCAGACACCUGCUCCACUGAUUACUGUGAUCGUGUGGCAACGAUUCAGUCCAAAGACAGAUGCAGCCCCCUGCAGCGUUGUCAUGGCAACAACACCUGCAUGUUUGACCCCAUCUGCACUGUGACCGGCCCCGCUGUCAUUGACUUUAAUGACCAACUGAAGACUGUGAAGGAUCGGUGUGGGUACACCCUGCUGACAGGUUCAUCAAUCGAAAACCUCACCGUGGUGGCGAACUUCCAGGAACGUCGUCGUAGAGAUGUGAGCUUUUUGGACAGCGUGACACUGCGGCUGCAGGGGCAGGAUGAUGUUCACCUGGAACAAGGCGGGAUAGUUAAGGAGGGGAACACAACACUGACCAUCAACGGCUCGACUGAUCUGGGAAACAGUGUGUUGAUCGUUGUGGACCAAACUGGAGUCACAGUCUACUUGUGGCAAUCCGAGUCCCUUAUUUUGAUCUUCUUUGAUGGGAACACUGCACAGAUCAUCUACGCAGGACCUGCUGGACAAGAUCCAGACCUGGGGGGAUUGUGUGCCAACUCCACGUCUGUGAGUGAUGAGAGACUUCCUGAGGACAUUGGCAGCAGCUGUGAGGUGCAGUACAAUGACACUGCUGACAGUUCCAUCAACUGCACCAUGAUGACUGAACGCUGUAACCUCCUGUUGGAGGAGCCCUUCACCGCCUGUCACAACCACACCGACCCAGAGUCCUACAUAAACGCCUGCAUCGACACUUUGUGCAAAUACCCUGCGGUGGACGGUCUGAACUGUCAGUUCCAGGAGGCCUACGCCAGACACUGCAGCCUGCGCAGCAACGACAUACUGGACAGCUGGAGGUCAACGGCCGGCUGCUCCCCCCCUCAGCCCUUCUGUCAGGGAAGGAUCUGCAGCGAUCAUGAGUUCUGUGCUGAGACCAUCAGUGGUGGAAUCGGCUGCUUCUGUCGGGCCAUUUUUGCCUUCCCGUACAGAUCGAAUGACACUUUGGUUCACCCGACGGUCUGCGAGGAGAACUCAGCUUCAGUUACUGUGGUCGGGUGUCUCCUGGAGGAGAAAGGCAUCGACUAUACGAUGUUACACCUCAAUGACCCCACCUGCACGGGUCAGAGAGAUGAGCUGGACCACAUGGUGACCUUCAGCUACAACGGCAGCAACACCUGUGGGACGGAGGUCAUGGCCAACAACAGCCAACUGAUCUACAUGAACACCAUCACAGUCCUGAACAGCUCCUCUGACAACAUCACUCGCCAGGACCAAGUCUACAUCGACUUCUCCUGCGUCUUCACUCAGCCAGAUGUCAACACUGUGACCUUCAGAAUCAAAGACAGCUCUGUGAUUGAGAAGAUCACAUCUGGAACUUGGAAUUACACUCUGACCAUGAAGGCCUACACCGACGCCGGACGCACACAAGCUGUGGACUCCAACACUGAAGUCCAGCUGAACCAGCAGAUCUGGGUGCAGCUGGAGACUGACGGGCUGGAUGACGGUUUGGUCGCCCUGGUGACCGACUCCUGCUGGGCAGCCGACCAGGCUGAGAGUCUGAGAUACAACCUGAUUGUAGACGGCUGUGCGAACCCCGAUGAUCAGACGGUGAAUGUGGUGGGAAACGGAGAGGGAACGUCCAGCUACUUCUCCUUCAACAUGUUCCAGUUCUCUAGGAGCUCUUCUGAGGUCUCUGUGCACUGCAAAGUCAACCUGUGUGCCAACCUGAACCAGACCUGCAUCCCGGAUUGUAAUGGAGGUGAUCGGAAACGCAGAUCUGCUGGGUCCAGAUAUUCAGAUGAGGCUCCGGCCUUCAUCUCCAUGACCUGGACUAGUUAGGUUGUUUCCACGGUAACUCGGACUGACUGACUGGCUGUCGACCUUCACAUUGAUUCCUGAGUUUUACGUCGUCCUAAUCCAGAGCCUGAUUGUGUGAAUCCUUUUGUUUUCGAACGACGUGUCCUAGAGAUUAGCUCACUUAGCUCACAAGCCAUGCUAGCUCACACAGUAAUAAAGAGACACUUCUGCCCCUCUUCCAGCUGAGAUUGGGUUGAUUCAGUCCAGAUUCCCCUCAGAUGGUAGAAAUUAUUUCACUGAUUGGAUCCUUUAAAAGUGAGUCUACCAUCAGAGCAGAGCAUGUUAGCGUGACUCAUUUCUCAAUAACAAACCUGAGCUAAUCUUUGAUGGAGCGUCUCUGAGCAGAAUGUGUUGCUGUGCCUUCCUCACUGGUUUCCACACUGCAAACACAGCACCUUUUUAUUUCCUGAAAUAUGAAACACUAUAAAAACAUAAUCAAAAACUAUAUGGUGAAGGAAAGUGUGUGUUGGGAAGCUUGGGAUUAACAAUAUAUGU